UAUAUAGGCAGAAGAAGGUUCCUAUUUCAUUGGAAAGGAUUUGACAGACCUUAUCAUGCAAAAAUUUCAAAUGCUGGUCGGUCAGCACGAUGCCGUUCCACAAGAGGUGGAAGUUGUUAUGGGAAGGAAAUUGCAGGUGCCAUUGGGUGGCAAUGGAUGUGCAUAUUUCCCUUUUGAUGAACUCUGUGAUAGACCUCUUGGAGCCGCAGACUAUCUUGGGUUAUGCAAAAACUUUCAUACGGUGGCAAUGGACGGAGUCCCCAUUUUCGGGCUUCACAAUAGGACUGCAGCAUAUCGGUUCGUUACCUUGGUUGAUGUGCUCUAUGAAAAUAAAGCACGGUUGUUGUGUACAGCCGAGGGCUCCCCUGCAGAACUUUUUGAGAGAAUCGUGACCAUAGCCGAUGCGAAUCAAAUUGCUCCGAGGUCUUCAAGGUCAAUCAAGAAGGACGAUAUUGACCUUUGCGUCGAUAACGAGCUUGGCUUUGCAAAAGAUCGUACCAUUAGUAGGCUGACAGAGAUGAACAGCAGGGAAUAUUUAGAACAGCACGCCGAAAGGCUGGCGGAGAAGGGUGGUGCAUAUGGCGGCAGCGGCGGCGUCAUGUAAGAACACAUAUUUGUAAUCCCAAAGAAAACCAGAAAUUUGUUUGGUUGUAAGAGACCAAAGCUGGGCGGGGAGCCAUUGUGCAAUAACGCUCCCACUUCACAGGUUUGGAGAUUCAUUCAUAUUGUAAUAGUGUACUAAUAAUAAUUCCAAUAAUUCUGGAAAGUAUAGAGUUUAGAGAAUAAACAACUGUUGUACCCAUUUUUGGAUUUUGGACAAAUGUAGCCAUUUAAUUACUCCAGUUU